CAGACGGCGGCAAUGGCAUCGGGCGGUUCCGAGCUCAAGAUGCAGAUCGCAAUUAAGCCCCCGCCGCCACCGCCGCCACCGCCGCCGCCGUUCGCUACUGAGUUUACAGAAAAUUCGGAAGAAUUGAAGAUUUCGUUCUUCAAAUCGAGCUCUCGGAGGCCAAGAGGUGAUACCUGUGUCGUCUCCGUCUUCGUGCUUCUCCACAUUGUGGCUUUCGUCGCCAUGAUGCUGGUUAAUGACUGCUGGUCAAACUCUCACGAAGAAUGCGCAUUCGGAGUUCUAGGAAGGCUCUCGUUUCAGCCGCUCCCGGAGAAUCCUCUUCUUGGCCCUUCCGCUUCGACGCUAGAGAAGAUGGGAGGUCUUCGGCGAAAGAGUUUGACCGAAUAUCGACAAAUUUGGCGUCUGUUUACAUUUCCUUGUAUGCAUGCUGGACUCAUCCACCUUGUGAUCAACCUUAGCAGUGUAAUCUUUGUAGGGAUUCAAUUAGAACAUGAGUACGGGCCAGUAAGGACCGGGAUUAUAUAUCUACUCUCUGCUUUCACUGGCACCUUGGUGGCUGCACUUUUUGUUCAAAAUAGCCCGUCCGUUGGUUCAUCUGGAGCUCUAUUUGGUUUGCUUGGAGCUGUGCUUUCUGGAAUAAUAAGGAACUGGAAACUCUACACUGAUAGAGUUUUAGCUCUGGGAUCAGUUCUUGUUGUCUUCACUAUCAAUUUCGGACUUGGUCUGCUACCUUAUAUAGACAAUUUUGCAAAUGUUGGAGGCUUGGUGUCGGGAUUCCUUCUCGGUUUCAUGAUUUUGUUCACUCUGCAGCAUAGAGAAGAAAAAGCUCAAACUAAAGGAUACUCUUUGAGCUAUAGUUUCAAAAACUCUUUGAAAUUGAAGAUGAAACAGAAGCUGGACAAACCGAUCCUGAGAAGUGUAUCCCUUUUUCUCUUUGCUGUUUUAUUUUCCGGAUGUCUAGUUGGAGUUAUUUUUGAAUUUGACUUGAACCAGUAUUGCAUAUGGUGUCGUUAUAUCGACUGUGUUCCAUUCAAGAAAUGGCACUGCAAGGAUGUGGCAUUUUCUUGUGCGACAAUGGUGAGCAAUCAAGAACUGACAUUGACAUGCUUGUCUAAUGGCAACUUCAAGGUAUUCCCUUUCACCGAUAUCUCCCAGUCGAGGAUAAAUGACUUGUGUGGUCUCAUAUGUUCAUAGAUAACUUGAGAAGUUGYAAGGCAUAC